AUGAGGUGGGAUGCUGCACUUGGUCUCUUCCACACGCUGCAGCGCCGGCGCUGCGGCGACGGGAUCCUCCGCGGCGCCUGCGUGGCCGCCUGCGCCGCAGGCAGCGCCUGGGAAGCGGCGGUGGCGACGCUGCGGGCGAUGCCAGGUGACGUGAUCGCAUGCAGCUCUGCCAUCACCGCGUGCGAGCGGGCGCGGCAGUGGGAGGCCGCCCUCCGGGUGCUCAGCCAGAUGCGGCGAGAGGUGGUGCAGCCCAACGAGAUCACCUACAACGCCCUGAUGAGCGCCUGCCAGAAAGGAGGUCGCUGGCAACAUGCGCUGGCCCUCUUUGCAGAGAUGGAAGAGCAGUCCAUCCGACGCACGGUGGCAGCUCGGUGA